AUCCAACAUGGCGACUUACUUGUGAACCACGUUUGUGCUGGAGUAGUCUGAAUAAACUUUCUUUUCUGACGCUCAGGCGUUUAUAAAACUAUUCAUCAUGUCGGGUCGACACAAUAACAAAUUACCGACAAAUCUCCCACAGCUGCAAAAUCUUAUCAAGAGGGAUCCGAAGUCUUACACGGAGGAGUUUUUGCAACAGUAUCGUCAUUAUCAGUCCAAUGUCGAGAUAUUUAAACAUCAGCCGGACAAACCCAACAAAGACCUGGCUGAGCUGAUUAUGUUUCUGGCUCAGGUUGGACACUGUUACUUAGAAGAGCUGUCAAAGUUCCCCCAGGAGCUGACUGAUCUUCUCAUAAACCACCAUACAGUACUAGAAUCAGAUCUCAGAAUGACAUUUUGCAAAGCCCUUAUCCUCUUGAGAAACAAGGAUUUGAUCAGUCCCACGAGUCUUCUGGAGCUGUUCUUUGAGCUACUGCACUGUCAUGAUAAACUUUUACGAAAGACUUUAUACACGCAUAUUGUGACUGACAUCAAAAAUAUCAAUGCCAAGCACAAAAACAACAAAUUGAACACGACAUUACAGAACUUUAUGUACACUAUGCUGAGAGAUUCGAACCCCAUUGCUGCAAAGAUUUCUCUGGAUGUGAUGGUUGAGCUGUACAGAAGAAACAUUUGGAAUGACGCUAAAACUGUGAACGUCGUCACCACAGCAUGUUUCUCCAAAGUCACAAAGAUCCUUGUAGCUGGAUUAAAGUUCUUUCUGGGAAAAGAUGAAGAUGAAAAGAAAGACAGUGAUUCAGAAUCAGAGGAUGACGGGCCAUCAGCCAGAGAUCUCAUGAUCCGAUAUUCCACAGGAAAGAAAACGACAAAAAACAAGAAGAAAAUGGAAAAAGCCAUGAAAGUCCUCAAGAAACACAAAAAGAAGAAAAAGGUUGAGGUUUUUAAUUUCUCUGCCAUCCAUUUGAUCCAUGAUCCACAAGAUUUUGCAGAGAAACUCUUAAAGCAGUUGGAGAGUUCAAAUGAGCGUUUUGAGGUGAAGAUCAUGUUAAUGGAGCUCAUCUCUAGACUCGUGGGAAUUCAUGAGCUCUUCCUCUUUAAUUUCUAUCCAUUUGUCCAGCGGUUCCUUCAGCCUCACCAAAGAGAGGUGACCAAAAUUCUCCUGUGUGCCGCCCAGGCCUCUCAUCAGUUAGUCCCUCCUGAGAUCAUUGAGUCAGUCAUCAUGACCAUCGCUAAUAACUUUGUAACGGACAGAAAUUCAGGGGAGGUCAUGACAGUUGGAAUCAAUGCUAUAAAAGAAGUUGUCGCCCGCUGUCCACUUUCUAUAUCAGAAGACCUGCUUCAAGAUCUCACACAGUACAAAUCCCACAAAGACAAAAAUGUUGCAAUGUCAUCCAGAGGUCUUAUCCAACUCUUCAGAGAUCUGAAUCCAAAGAUGCUACACAGAAAAGACAGGGGGAGGCCCACAGAAUCAUCCAAAGAGGCCAAGAUCCAGAAUUAUGGAGAACUGGAGGCCAAAGACUACAUCCCUGGAGCUGAGGUGCUGGAGGUAGAGGAGAAGGCAGAAGAGGAAGAUGAAGAUGGCUGGGAGAAUGCAAGCAUGAGUGAGGAUGAUGAAGAUGGAGAAUGGGUGAAUGUGCAUCACUCCUCUGAUGAAGAUCAGACAGAAGUUGCUGAGAAAUUGCAGAGUAUCCCAGAGGAUGAGCGUAAAGCUAAAGCUGCCGCGGUCAGCACCAGUCGACUCCUCACGCAGGAGGACUUCAAAAAGAUCCGCAUCGCUCAGAUGGCCAAAGAGGUCAACGCGGCACCCGGCAAAGGUCAAAAGAGGAAGAAUAUGGAGAGUGAUGAAGAAGAGGAGAGAGGGGAAUUACUUAGUCUGAGAGACAUCGAACAUCUUCACAAGAAACCCAAAUCUGACAAAGAAACACGACUGGCAACAGCCAUGGCUGGUCGGACUGAUAGAAAAGAGUUCAUAAAGAAGAGAAGUAAGCUAAACCCUUAUGCCAGUACAAGUAACAAGGAGAAAAAACGAAAGAAAAACUUUAUGAUGAUGAGACACAGUCAGAAUGUGAGGACCAAAGGCAAACGCUCUUUCAGAGAGAAACAGAUCGCACUAAGAGAUGCACUCCUGAAGAAGAGAAAAUACAAGUAAUUCCUGCCUGUAACCGACUGGAGCUGAUUUGAUUUUCAAACUCAAACUGUUUGGACCAUUCUGUGUACAGGAAGAGAAUGUACUGACUUCUUGACUGUGCUGAUUUUCAUGUUGCCUUUUAAUAAAUAGUUUAAACAGUCAAA